CACCUAAACUGUCUCAAUCAGUUGUGAACAAGAAAGGCACAGACGGAGAGGAGUGAAGGCUGAGCUGAAGAUUGCCAUUCUUCACCCUUUGGAGGUGCAUCAAAAAACUUUCACUGUAUCAUAGAGGUCGUGGGCUUAUAUAAAAUGUUUGAAUCCUUGAACAAACAUAUCCAGGACAUUCUGGUGGAGCGAAGAAGCCGCAAGACCAGACUAGUUACCAAAGAUGGUCGCUGCAACAUUGAAUAUGGAAACAUCAAGUACAGCAAACACUUUGCCUUCCUGGCUGACUUCUGGACCACCUUUGUGGAAAUCCGGUGGCGUUUUGUCCUCUUCUUUUUCAUUGCCUCUUUCACCCUCAGCUGGUUCAUCUUUGGCCUGCUGUGGUACUGGAUUGCCCGCAGUAAUGGAGACUUGACAUGGCAAAACCCCCCAUCAGAUCACAUUCCUUGUGUUAGGAGUGUUGGGGGACUCACCACAGCAUUCCUCUACUCUCUUGAAACCCAGACAACUAUUGGGUAUGGUGAGCGAGCACUCACCCCUCUCUGCCCAGGUGCUGUGGCCCUUCUCAUCAUCCAGUCCCUCAUCGGAGCCAUUAUCAACUGCUUCAUGUGUGGAGUUAUUCUGUCCAAAAUCUCUUUGCCUAAAAAGAGGGCAAAGACCAUCACAUUUAGUGAAAUGGCUGUCAUCAGCCCCAAAAAUGGUUCUCUGUGCCUGUCAAUCAGAGUGGCCAACCUACGCAAAACCCUGAUGAUAGGAAGCCAGCUCUACGGCAAGCUGCUGAGAACAACAAACACACCUGAUGGGGAGACAAUCAUCAUGGACCAGAUUAACAUUGACUUCAUGGUGGACGCUGGGAAGGACAACCUUUUCUUCGUAUGUCCUCUCACGCUCUACCACAUUAUCGACAAGAGUAGCCCUUUUUUCGAGAUGGCAGUGGACACAGUCCACAAGCAAGAGUUUGAGCUGGUUGUCUUCUUAGACGGCACAGCAGAGUCCACCAGCUCCUCCUGCCAAGUGCGGACCUCCUUUAUACCUCAGGAGAUCAUGUGGGGCUACAACUUCUUGCCCAUCAUCUCCAGAAGCAGGGAAGGCAAGUACAGAGUAGAUUUCUCCAACUUCUCCAAGGUGGUGCCUGUAGCUACUGCACACUGUGCCUACUGUUUCCACAACAUCAAGGGUCAUCAUCACCACUCCAGAGAUGGACAUGACAACCAGGCAUUUGAGGUGAUUGAUAUCAAUGAUCCCCCAACUGUCACCAAGAUGUAAGAUGGGAGACUGGUAGAGGUCUGUACAUGUCAAAGACAAACUCCUCAAGACUCUAAAGGACAAAUAGAUGGUAGAGGCAGGUGGGCUAACCUAAUCACAGAAGUAAAGAAACCUACUUAUUCGUUAUCCUUUUGUGUUUAACAGAGAUAAGGAAGCUGUCUGUGGGCCAGGACAAUCAUUGUUAAGUAUUUGUAUGUAAAACCACACCUGCCACUGUCUACUGACCAAAAACCUGUUUCCAAAAGGGAGGCUAGGUCAUGCAAGAUGAUGAAGCUACAAUUCAAGAACAGAAACAGAAAGUUUUUCGAAUUACUAUGUGCUCUUGCUUUGAAUGAAGACGAGUUGUUGUAAUUUUCCUUUGGCCUUGCACAUCAUGUUUAGGAGUAUGGAGAAGCAGAAAAAAAAACAAAGGAAAUGUAUUAUCCUGUAUAUAAAUCUUUCAGUUACUUGAUGGACCAGUGUUUGGGGCCAUGCUAUUGUCACGGGUGAGAAAAAGAUAAAGUAGUUGUGCAAUAAUUCAUAAUUUACGCUGGUGUAGACUGUCGUAUACAGAGAGACACUUGGAUUUUAACCACUAGAGUAUGCUUUAACUAUUCAGACACUGAGGCACUAACAAAGGGUUGGGCUCAGGGGCCAGUCUUUUCAAACAGUGGGUGAUGUAGUUGUGGUUAGUGAAGACAGAAAUGUGAGAGAAAAAAGCUCUCAGGAAACACUUAAAGUAUGGCUGCAUGUAGUUGUGAUUGUAAUAUGAAAAUCAAUUAUAUUUGUGAAGUCUUUUUGUAUUUGA